AUGGUGGAAUUUAUAUAUCGGUUUAAUGGUUUAUUAUCCGACUUAAAGCACUUUGUCGAUGAAACUUUGGGACUUAAAGGGAAUUGGAGUUCCCCUGGCGGUGAUGUCAAGCUCUUUAAUGCCGCAGAUUCUGGAUAUGCUAUCAAAUGGUACGGUCACUCUAAAAAGCUUGUGAUUCAAACUGAUAAAGAACACUACUUGAAGCGGAAAUUUGCGAGUUUGGCGAAUCCAGUUGGGAGCGACGUGGCAGCUGGCGCAGGCAACGGUGUUUCGGUAUCUAAGGUAUGCACAUGUCCUUAUACUUGUGUUAACAGUAAUAUAGUCGCUGAACUCGAGGGUGUAAAACUCGAUAUGACGAUUUUAGAGUCCCGUUUAUUUGCUUCAAUUUCCCAACAAGAGUCUAAGUCUGACGAUAUUAACUCACUUCGCGCUAAACAGAAGGACAUGGAGGCCAUUAUAUAUAAAUAA